AUGCCUGAGGUAGCAGAGGUGGCUCAUGUUUGUGCUUUAUUGAAAAGGAAUGUUUUAGGGUUUAGAAUUAAAAAAGUCAAUCUAUCUUUGGACCCAUUGUUGUUUCCCGUACUUAAAGAGUCGAAAGAUCCAAAUGCAGAAUUGGAGAAGAUGAAAGCCAACCUCGUGGACUUGCGUAUUGACUCGGUUGGAAGACACGGAAAAUACUUUUGGCUCAGAUUGAAUAAAGAAGCGCUGGCGCAACUGAGCGUACUACUUAUGCACUUUGGAAUGACUGGAAUGAUUAAAAUAAGAAAUGUGAAAUCGCAUUUGGUGUUUAUGGAAAAUGGUGGUGAUAAAAAGAUUUUGAAAGAACUAGAAGAGCCCAAGCAGGAAGAUGAUAUUAAAGUGGAAUUGGAGACCGAAUGGCCACCAAAGUUUUCCAAAUUCGAAAUAGACUUGGUAAAGGAUGAUUUCAAAUUAGAACUUUCAUUUGUGGACCCACGAAGAUUAGGAAGAGUACGGCUUAUUUCAGACGAAAAUGCAGCAACCGACAAAGGGUUGCUUCGGUUGCCCCCAUUGAGUGCAUUAGGUCCGGAUUAUAGCAAACCCGAGAUUGUCAAGGAAGACGCUAAUUUUGUAUUUGGUGAUCCUGACCCUUCUGAUCAUGGAAGGCCAAGAUUAAACUUGCAUGAAUUUAACAACCUCAUUUUGUCAAAAAAGAAGCCCAUUAAAAGCUUGCUUCUAGACCAGGCUUACUUUGCUGGCGUUGGGAACUGGGUUGGUGAUGAGGUGCUAUUUCAUGCAAAGUUGCAUCCCAAUGAGAUUAUCUCGAGCAAAGUUGAACGCAAGUCCGGAGAAGUUGAUCCUGUUAUUGAAAGAUUGUAUCAAUCUUUGAUAUAUGUAUGUGAGGAAGCGGUUAAGUGUGAAGGCGACUCCAAAAGGUUUCCGCUGAACUGGUUGAUGUUGCAUAGAUGGGGUAAGGCUAGAAAGAAACAGGGCAAAGCAAAGACCAAGGAAGGAUAUGUCUUGGACCACAUCACUGUUGGGGGCAGAACUAGCUGUUUUGCUCCAGAAAUACAACGACUAUUGAAAAAGCAGUUUAAGGUUGAGGAUGAUGUGAAGAGUUCUACCUCUCCAAGAAAAAGGAACCUGAUUGAUGAGGAAGAAGAAAAGCCAGUAAACCGCGGCGGAAAGAAGAGCAAAGUAUAA